GAGACGACGCGAUUCCCUGGAGGAACCUUUGGAAGCCCGCAGGUGGAAAAAAAAAAAGAAGUCACCGACUCGCAUCAUGGCCAACCAGCGGGAAGAAAGAUACACCUAUGAGGAUUAUCAGCGGACAGCAGACUGGCUCCUCAGUAAAACCAAACAUCGGCCUCGAGUGGCUAUCAUCUGUGGCUCAGGACUUGGAGGGCUGGCUGACCUCCUGAAGGACCAAGUCGUGUUUGAAUAUGCGAAGAUACCCAACUUCCCCCAAAGCACAGUUGUAGGCCAUGCUGGGAAGCUGGUGUUCGGAAACUUGCAUGGAACGCCAACUGUGGUGAUGCAAGGCCGCUUCCAUAUGUAUGAAGGGUACCCACUGUGGAAGGUGACCUUCCCAGUUCGGAUCUUCCAUCUGCUUGGCGUUGAAACCCUGAUUGUUACCAAUGCGGCUGGGGGGCUCAAUCCUGCCUUCAAAGUGGGGGACAUCAUGGUGAUCCAGGACCACAUCAACAUGCCUGGGUUUUCUGGGCAGAACCCUUUGAUCGGACCGAACGAUGAAAGGUUCGGCGUCCGCUUUCCAGCCAUGUCAGAUGCCUACAAUGAAGACUUGAGAAAACUGGCUGUCACGGUGGCUUCUGAAAUUGGAUGUUCCAGCUGCAUGAGAGAAGGGGUCUACUGCGCCCUGGGAGGCCCCAACUAUGAGACCAUUGCUGAAUGCCGCUUCCUGCAGAGACUGGGUGUCGAUGCUGUUGGCAUGAGCACAGUACCCGAGGUCAUUGUGGCCCGUCACUGCGGCCUCCGAGUUUUUGGCUUCUCCCUCAUCACCAACAAAGCCAUUCUGGAUUAUGACACCAAAGAGAAGGCCAACCACGAGGAAGUCUUGGAAGCCAGUCGCCAGAGCGCCCGUACCCUUGAGAAGCUGGUCUCCAUGAUGGUGCAGCGCAUUGAACACAACAACAACCUUGCCUAGGGCCCAUCCAGCUCACAGUCCUCCUCGUGACUUUGGGCAAGGAGAGAAUAUGCUUCUUUUUAUUCAAUCCUACUGCUAAGAUUCCUACUCUGGGAUGGUGCAGACAUUUUAGGAGUUGCCGAGAGUUGGAAUUCUAAUCUUGACUAUUGUCCGCCUCUGACCAAGAAGUCUAUUAUUGUCUGCCUGUUUUUGUCCUUUGGUGUGUUGCUUCUGCAUGUGGGUAGUUUGAAUCCCUUCCAUCUCAUCUGUUCUCUGUAAAAGUCCUCCAGAAAACCCCUUGAGGGAGCAGACCACACAGUCACCUCAUGUGGGCUUGUUUUACUUUAAAAUGGGGAAUGUGUGAGGAAUCUAGAAGUCCUUUUCUCAUUUCAUAAUAGCCGUUCUCUCAUCAGGAACCUAGCAAGAACUGGCUGCUUGUUUUUAAGGUGCCAUUUUGUUUUUGGUUACAGCUUUGGGUUCAGUUUUCUGAAUCCUAAAAUUAUUGAAGGCGAGUCAAAGACCACCAAAUUCAGUUUGUUAUAUGUUUGGGUCUUCUCUUGUGCAUGGGCAUUUUGAACAUAAAGUCUUAACUGUUAUGCAAUAACUUGUUCUGGCCUCUCAUGUUUCCAAUACUUGAAAUGUAAUUCAUGGCUUCUCCUUGCAAGUUUCCUUUGGUCCUUGAGGUUAUCUGUUGAAUCUGCAUAUUAAUGUCUUGGAUUAACUUAUUUCCAACCGUGCUUGUGCUCCAAAGAAACUACUGAAUUGCUCAGAAUUUGAACCCACCAUCUUCAGGCAAUAAGCCGGCGAGAUCACGUAUUCACAAAAUGUAGAUGACAGGGAUAAGUGAAUGUCAGGAUCUAUGUCAAAUUUAACCCACCUGGAUGCACCUCCCUAUCGACUAAAAUAAAAGACUCUCCUCCAUAUAAAAAUCAAGUGCAUUCUGUUUAGGUUAGAACUCUGAAUUGCUAAGCAUCCUCUGUGGGGGAAUCUGUUUAUUUUUUCUUCAGAGAUGUCUAACCCUAAAUUUGAAUCUUCGCUAAGGAUAUGUGGAGAUUCUCAAUUAUCCAGAUGAUGGUUGUCCCAAAGGUGCUUUUUCAAAAGGUAGUGGACUUUGUUUUUCCUUGAAGAGGUUUUGCUUUUCAUCCAAGAAGCUUCUUCAUGUUCUUGGAUGAGAAGCAAAAACGUCUUCAAGGAAAAACAGCCUAGUUGCCUCUUGAAAAAACAUGUUUGGGGCUCUUUUGUAAGGCAAAAUCGGUAAGAAGUAGACAAAGGCCCUACUUAGUUGUGUCUCACUGUCUUUUAUGACCACAGUCACAUGUUCUGUUUUAAGGAAAAGUAGGCAUUCUUGUGUGUUCUCUCUUAAUUUCCCUUAGUUUUCAGAUCUACCAGGUUCUCAAUCAGGUGACGGGAGGGUAGUUAAGCAUGGAUUUCCAGUUCUCUAACAAGCAAUGUGAUUGGACCAUUCAACUUGCUGGUCCACAGAGAGGUGGUCAAUGCAUAUUUUUUGCAAGCAGCUGAUAGUCUGGAGAAUCCCAAAUUCGUUAGUGAGCAUGUUCAGCUCUAUACAGAGAUUCAUUUGCACCUAGCUACUUUCAGGUCAGGUAGGGGAGUUCAUCUCCUGUCCUCUGCCCAUUUCUGGGAAAGGGGAAUUCUCUAAUUUGUUACUGCUUUUAAUCAUAUCUUCUUAGCCUAAUAAUUCUGCCGGUCUUCAGGGGAAGAGGAGGCAAAUGAUGGUGCAUAGUGAUGAUGUCAUCAGCCACUUAUCAUUUUGACAUCAUUGUGGCUUGUUUCAAACAUUGGCGCUGCUCACAGUUCUUGUUUGGAGCUCGUAGUGCAGGGCUGUCAAAUUUGUGACCUGCAGGCUGGGUGUGUCAUGUGCUGGCCAUGCCCCCACCCGGUUUAGCGAAGGGGAAAAAAGUCCCGAUAUGUCACGUGGUGAUGCCGUGAGUUUGAUACCCCUUGUCCUAGUGAGUCACCUUAUGCAUCUUUGUCUGAAGGAGUAUGUCUACAGGUCUGGUGGAAAUGUCUUCUUCUAAUGUGGUCCCUAGGACUCAGCAGCUUUUUUUGAUUCAAGAAGUUGUUUCUGUUGGAGGGGCCAAUUACUUUCCUAAAUUUGUUGCAUUCUGGGAUGAGACACACUCAUUAGGGACAGAGAUGUUGGACAGGAGAUCGACUGAUGUGAAAGUUUAUGGCUCAGAUUUUGGCAAAGGCAGAUAUGAAACAGUGUAGGGGACAAACCAGUUGUGGAAUAAUUCUUGUGUGUUCUCAUUCUGUCAGGUGGAAUUUUUUGCAAGAGAGAGGUUAAUUUUAGCUUCAGCUCUGCACAUGCAAUUUCCCUUUGAGGCACAGUGGCCAAGUCCAGCUGAAAAGCUUGGCUUAAAAGAGACCUUCCUGAAAUCCAGACCCCCAUAUAGUCUUUUAACCUUUUCUGUUGCAUAAAGGUACUAUUCCAAAAUGCAAUUUUGAUUUCUGCUUGCAAAUCCUCUUUCUCCCCUGUUCGCCUUUCUGAAUUCCUCUUUCCUUUUUCUCUUCUUUCACCCUGGACUCAUAAACAAGCUCUUGCCAUCUUUCAACUCAGGUUGAGGAAUCAAAGCAGACCGAAAGGAAAUUGACAAUGAAUGCUAAGCUUGAAUGUUUUCAAAUGAGACCUUAGGAAUAUAUUUUUUUAGAGCGUCCACAAUCUGCACUUUUUAUUUUAUUUAAACUACUGUAAUGGAGCCCCCCUUUUAUUAAUUAUAAUGUAACUAAAUAAUAAAGUUAAGUUGGAAUGAGAA